CGACAAGACGUGCGGUACCGUGAUAUGUCAAUCAUCUGGGGGGUCCAAUCAGAUUCCAGGGGGAUCCAGCGCUACCCCGGCCCACCCUCUAGCUCCGCCUCUGUCCACACCCCUAACUGUUGACCAAUCAUCACUUUACUUUCUGUUCAACGUGUGACCAUCAAGUCAUGUCAUCUGAACAGGAAGGCAGAAUUAGCAAUAGAUCGAUAAUAGUUUAACAUCAGUACUGAACCACUUCCUGUCUUGUCCUCAGCUCUCAACCCGUUUUCUUUAGGAGGCUGACGCUGCACUCCAAAUAUGAAAUUCAGGUGAGGAGCCUCUAAAGAAAGCAAAUGAUGACAAAUAACUAAAUUAAUUUGGUGAAAAAGAUCAUAGGAAAGGCAGAACAGCAGUGACAUUAUGAUGCAACUUAAAUAGAUAUGAAUUACCUUUCUUUUCACCUCAGUGUUCAGUUUAUAGAAAGGUCAUAUAGAUACACAACAAAGUGAAUUGCUUCUCUUGUUGAGUUUGAGAAUAAUCAACAGAUUAUGAUUGUUGAGGCCACAUGACCUGACUGUAGGUUAGUGGCUGACCUACAGGUCAUGACAAUGGCAAAAAGCUCAGGUAAUUAAAAGCUGUUUAAGACCAGUGAUGAUAUUUAUGAUAUAUUUUUGUGAAAAUGCUGAUAUUAAAAUAUAUAGAAACAUCUCUGUACUCAGAACAACUUGUGAAUGAUCACAGUGGAACCUGUUGAAUAUCUCUCGUGGGUUUCCAGCAGAGUGACAGUAUGGCUGCAUCAUCUGUGACAGAUGAUGUGAAACCAAGACAACGUCGUAGUAGCUUAGAACUCCUGCCACCUAACAUGUCUGAGCUGAGGCUUGUUCUGCUGGGGAACAACUGGUCUGAGAGGAGUUCAGUGGGGAACUUCAUACUUGAAGAGAAUGUUUUCAACUCACAGAGAGAACCAGACAACUGUGAGAGAGUCAGAGGGAAGUUAAAGAAAGAAUUUGUUCUCAUCAACACCCCCAAUCUGCUUCAUUCCAACACCUCAGACAUGCAAAUGAGAGAACAUGUAGAACACUGUGCAGAUCUCUCUAAUCCUGGACCUCAAGUGUUUCUGCUGGUUCUAGAUUCUGAAGACUUCACUGAGGAUCACAAACUGAGACUCUGCAGAGUCCUUGAACUCUUGGGUGAUCAAUCAUUUGCUCGUUCUCUGAUUCUGAUAUCAGGUGAAAACUACAGGAGCCAAAUUCCUUUAAAAGACAUGAUCAGAAAGUGUAGCUACAGAUACCUAGAGCUGGAGAACCUUGAAAUGGAAGAGCUGCUAACACGGCUGCAUCAAACACAAACACAAGUAGAAAUUAUCAUGAAAGAGAAAGAAGAAGAGAUGAAAAGAAAGGAGGAAAGCUUAAGGAGAGAACACAAGGAUAACUUAAAUACAAUGAAAAGAAUAAUCACUGAGCUGAAGGGAGAAAAUGAAAGGGAGAGAAAACUAAGAGCAAAUGAGCGAACCGAAAAUGACAAAUGCAUCAACAAGGAGCGUGAAGAGAGAAAGAGGCAGCGAGAGGAAGAUGAAAAGAGAUGGAAAAAACAAAAAGAAACUCUGCGAGAAGAGUGUCGGAAAAAAGUGGAAGCGUCAGAGAAAAAAGCCCACUCAGAGAGAGAACAGAGGGAAGCUGCUGAGAGGAAACUGGAGCAAUGUAGAAAAGACAUAAAGAGAAGUCAAGAGGCCUGGGAUAAAGAAAAAAAGGAAUUGUGGGAACAAAGACAUGAGGACCUAAAACAGAACUUGGAAGCGGAGAAAACCCGAUCAAUAAAGCUGCACGAGGAGUUCUAUCGCAGGAGAAAAACCUGGAUGGCUUCCUGUUUUAUACUAACAUCAUUGUCGCUCUCAUUGUUAAUUUAUAUUUUCCAUCUUAGAGAUUAGAAACUGUGAUGUUUGUCAAUAUCAAAUUCCAAAAAAAUCAUCAUCUGGUUUUCUAAUGUUGUUAAAGCUGCAGUGGGCAGUAUUGCUAUAAAAACAACUGAUUGUUAUAUUUUGGUCUCCUCCCAUCACAUGAGGCCCGAUGACAAUCUCUCCAUCUCUGUCACUCUUUGUUAAUAUUGACACUCUUUGUUAUAUUGAUGCAUGUUGUGGGACUGUUGAGGUUUAUUUAAGUCUAUUUCUCAAAGUUAUGUAUAACAUAUGUAUAUGUUAGAUACACUGUGGGAAACUGAGCAGCCAUGGUAGAGACUUGUGUUCUCUUUCAUUUGCUGUGAUACUAGCAGUCAGUAUGAUUCCACGCAACCAAGUUGAGCUAUAUGGCUGUGGUUCAGGACAACUGUCCUUGUCCUAGUAUAUACAAGUGGGGACACCAUGCCAAGUGUCAUUUUAAAUGGAAACUAAAAACAAUGUCAUACAAAUCAUAUUUGUAUAAAAUUCUAUAACACAGGCUACUGUUACUGGUCUGAAAACAUGAUUGUUUGUAUAUUAGAAGUCCUGCUUCAGAGUUCAACGUAACGUUGGCUUGUCAACAUUUAUUUUACAACAAUUGGAACAAACAAUACCGUUAACCAACUGUGUCAAUUGAAAAUAUCAAAUUCUAUACACUGCCAGAGCAUUAAAUUAUUCAGUUUAAAAAAAAACAACCACAUUUUUGUUGCUAUUUGUUUAUUCUUCUGUGAGUUAUUUCUUAGUUUUGUCCAAUAAAUUAAACUUUGUAAUGUU